ACAAGGAUUAUAAGUUACAUCCUUUAAUAUGUAAUUUUCUUUAGAGAAGUCUUAAUGAAAUAUAUUGUAAUUACAACAAUGGAGUAUAUGUUUAUGCUUGUAUCUCUGAUAUUGUGUAAUUUUUGUCAUGGAUUUAAUAUUGAUAUAGAAAGUGUUGAACAAUUCACCGGGACGACUGGUUCUCAGUUUGGAUAUUCUUCUACUUUGCUUAAUAAUGCAGCGGGAUCAUGGGUAAUUGUUGGAGCACCCAGAGACAACAUGACAACGGCGACGUUUUUAAGAAACCCAGGAAAUGUUUAUAGAUGUCAAUUAUUGCAGAACACAAAGUCUUGCCAGCCAUUCAUCAUACGGACUAAUGAAGGAACACGGCCAUCAGGUUACUAUGGUUACGAAGAAGACAACCAGUUUUUAGGAGGAAGCAUCGUCAGAACUGCAACUAAGAUUGUGGCUUGCGCUCAGUUAUGGAAAGAUUUGAGUGAUCAAUCGAAUAGAAUAGAAAGACCUGUUGGGCGGUGUCAUGAUAUAAGUCACAAUUUUAACUCAAUCGAGACAGAUAAGAGAAUAAGAUACAAUAGUUACUAUAGCAACGGAUACAGUUAUGGUAUGGCUCUGAUUGGAACUGUUGCUGUACCAACCGAUAUUGACGAUGAGGUUAUGGUUGGUGGCCCAGGGAUGUGGAAUGACCAAGGGGGUUUUAUAUUCUACGAAGCUGAUAAAACAAGCAAUUUUUUCACAACAUACAGUGCAAAAACGAGCAACACUCUCUAUAAUGGGCUGCUGGAUAACGCUGAAAUGGGAUUAUCUAUUGAUGUCGGAAGAAUCGGUCCUCAGUCUGGUUGCUCUAAAACUACUGUCGUAGCAGGGAUUCCACAUUUUGCCAAUAAUGAUGGUCAUCUUGGAUCGUUUGUAGUUUUAUGUCCUACUGGUGGUGGGACUAAUCUAGAGGUGAGAAAACAGUUUAUGGGAAAUAAGAUUGGAUCAGGAUACGGGUUAUCUAUUUGUAUUGCUGAUGUCAACAAUGACGGAAACAAUGAUGUAUUGGUUGGUGCCCCACUACAGAAGGUGGUAUCCUAUGACGAAGGAACCGUGUUUGUGUACUAUGGGACUGGUGAUUCGCAGUAUCUAGAUUCCAGUGUACAAAACUUAUAUGGAAAUAACCAAGGAGGAGGACGAUUUGGGGCGACCAUUGUUAACCUAGGUGACAUCAACAAAGACAAUAUCGAUGACAUUGCGAUGGGAGCCCCAAAUGAGGACGAAGGCGCUGGAGCGGUUUAUAUAUUUAAUGGAAAGUCUGGUAGAAUGAAUGAAGUCCAUUCCCAGCGGAUUGCUGCCAAGACGUCGUUCAAUGGAAUAAAAUCUUUUGGAACAUACAUUUCUCGGCCAUUAGAUAUUGAUAACAACAAAUACGCAGAUUUAGCUGUAGGAGCUUUCCAAUCCGAUACUACAUUUUUAUUUAGAACAAGUCCAGUUAUCACCAUGACAUCAAGGGUAACAUUUAACCCACCAAUUGUUCCUCUGACGUCAGCAGGGUUACAGUGCGCCACUCCGUCUAAUGAUAAUCCAUGUGUAACAGUCAGUGUUUGUUUCAGUUAUACUGGAACGGAGGUUCCAGUUUCAACAAGAGUGAAUUAUACGCUUAAAGCGGAUACUACUUUAACUGGUCAAAGUAAAACACGCCGUGUGGACUUAUACAAGGGAACAACCAAUCACGAAGGUGUUUACAACAGUAACCCGAUCAGUGUUCCUAUAAGUGGUGAGACAUGUGAUGAUGUGUAUGCAAGAGUAAUGUCAACAUCAAGGGACUUUUUUAGUCAAAUAGCUAAAUCAUUGGAUUUCCAAGUACAAUUUCAACUUGCAGAGACUACAAAUGGGGGCGUAGUCAAACCAGUACAAGAUGCCAAUACACCGACAACCAUAACCGACGGGACAACUUUCAUGACUGGUUGUAGUGGAAUUUGCGAUCCUGAUCUUCAAGUUGACAUAACGAAAGAUGUGAUGUCAAUUAUAUACGGACAAACGAUAGACUACAGUUUUACUGUCAGGGUUAUUAACAAAGGAGAACCUGGAUUCGGUGUACGAUUGAUAGCAGAUAUUUCCUCAGACAAUGCUUUAUUCCUUGAUGCGACACCUCUGUUAACAGAUGGAUCAGUACAGCUCACAUGUGCAAAGGCAAUGGAUUCUAGCAACAGAUCAGUGGUCCAUUGCGAUGUGAACAGUGUAUUAUAUCAGAAACAGUUUGGUGCAGUACGUCUGAGGUACAACGUUACAUCGGCUGCCCUAUCUGAAAAUGUCACAUAUAGCGAUUUGCUGCCUUAUGUUAGAUUAACUACCACUGCGUCAGCAGUUGGGAAUGAAGUAAGCCCUGGAGAUAACACAGAUACAGAAACACAAGAUGUAACAUUUUCAGCAGAUAUGGCUAUAUCAGGAGUAAGCACUCCUGAACAGUCACGUGUUUCUGAAACAAAAGACAAAUUGAUAACCUUCUCACAUUCUUACGAUAUAUUUAAUAAUGGACCAAGUCCAUUGUUUGCGUCAAAAGUCCUUUUUGCCAUUCCUGCAAUCACCGAUACCACCGAAAUUCUAGUACAGACAAAAGCAUAUAAGAUAAUAUCUAAAGACCAAAAGUCAAAUUGCACAAUUCUAUUAGUCCCUGGACUCCAUGUUGGAUUGAAAAUGCAAAUCUCUGCGGAAGGUCAAACUAACAACGCUGUCAGUGUCCAGAAGAUAGCCGAUUGUAAAGGUUUAAAUGAUCCAAAAUGUGUCGUUGUGGAGUGCCUUAUUCAGACAUUAAAACCAAAUGAAAAUACAUUGAUUGAUGUUCAGUUCGAUGUUACAGAAUCAUCACUUAAUAUUGACAGUAUAAACGAAUUCCAGUUUUUUACAACAGCAGUUAUUAAUCCACUAAAAUCAGAUUUUCCAGAUUCUUUGAAAGCUAAUAAGACAGCCAAGACUGUGAGUUUUAUUUAUCCAGCAUCUUUAGUAACACCGGAUCAGGAAAUAAACCUUUGGAUAAUCGUAGGCAGUGUAAUUGCUGGUGUUGUGUUAUUUAUAGUUCUUGGUAUUCUUUUGUGGAAGUGUGGUUUUUUCAAGAGAGAGAAAAAAGAUAAAAUUGACAAAUGGAAACGACAGAGUAAUUUUCAUGAGCAAAGGAAGACCCAGAGAUUAAGUCGACUUAGUAAACCAAAGGACGACCAAGUAGCACUUAGCAUAUGAUUAAUUUAAUGUUUAAUGGCAUACAUUAAAACCAUAAUAUGGUCUAUGGUUCUACUGCAUGUUGAUGAAAAAUAUGUUCUUCAGCAUUGUUUAAAAUCAGUUUUAUGAAUUAGAUUAAGUUAUGUCGAUGAAUGUAUUAGCUGUUAUUUGAAACUUUAAAGAUAUUGUUUAUUAUUAAAAAAAAAUUGGAGAAAUUGAUGAAAUCCUACUACAAUACAUACUGAAUUGAGUGAUUGUUACCGACUGUUGUGUGCGAAUGUGUUGUAUGAGUGAUUAAUGUACAUGUUUUA